CUAUCAUAUUGUGGAUGGAGAAGAAUAACCCGCUUUUAACACUAACGAAUGCCGCACCCCAACCCACAUCGCUCAUUAUGCCGUGCAAUGGUGUAAGACAGAGAACAGUGAGCUCUCCAGUUUGAUGUAAAAUUUGUGUAUACCGGAGAUCCUGACAAUUAGUUUAGCACAAACUCUCUCUCCCUCUGUAUUCUCAAAGUGAAAUGUCGACCCACCAAGCAAUUUGGAUAUCGUACGUGGUUGUUUUGGCUUGCCGUUUGUCAUUUGGCAAACGAUCAAUUGGUUUUCUCUAGGUUGAGGAGUGUAAAGAUGGAUUUGAAUAGCUAUGAGACAAAAUGCUUAGAGUGAAUAUCUGGAAUACGUGAAUAAGUCACUCUGUUUAUAAGUUCAUUUUGUGAAGCUCCUGUAGUAUAUAUACAGUCUCUUUGGGUGGCGUUAGUUUUUCCCCGACAGAAACAUGGGCUGCCUCGCUAGUUUCAGUUGAGAAUCUUUCCCGCCAAGAACGGAGCUGGGCAUUCUUGAAAUUCCAGUCAAGUUCUUGCCAUCGAUUUCCAGAGGCGACGGCUGCUUCAUCAGUUCAUCACUCUCUGUAAACAUCAAAACCCGAUCCGUAUUUAUCAAAAAGUUCCAAGCUUUGAUCUCCCGUUUUCCUUUUCGGCAUCGAAUGGAAAGGAACGGCAUGGCGAGCUUGAAGAAACCCUCGUCUUCAGUCGCUUCUCUGGUCCAGUCCACCUUCUUCAGUUCGCUCGCUGCUCUCGAAAUUCAAUUACCAAACGGCUCGAGUCCCUCCUCAACCUCACCUCGCAAGUCAAGCCCGAAAACCCGUAAAGCGCAAACUGGUUCCAGCAGUGGAUCAACCUACUCAUGUUACACCAAUCUCUUGAAGUCUUGCGUCGCCCAAAAAGCGUUGAGUCCCGGCAAGCAACUCCAUGCCCGCUUGUGCAUGCUCGGACUGGGGUUUGAUCCCAGUUUGGCGACCAGAUUGGUCCAUCUUUACUGUGAUUGCAACUCCUUGCGUCCUGCCCACCUCCUGUUUGAUAGAAUCCCCAAAAGAAACAAUUUCCUUUGGAAUAUCUUGAAGGGCUACGCGUGGAAUGGACCCUACAAGGCUGCAAUAGCGCUUUACUACCAAAUGCUUGAGCACGCACUUGUGCCAGAUAAUUAUACGUAUCCCUUUGUGCUUAAAGCAUGCUCUGCACUUUCUGCAAUUGACCAGGGGAGAGAGAUUCAUGAGCAUGUUAAGAAGUCUGGGUGGGAAAAGGAUGCUUUUGUAGGUGCAGCAUUGAUUGACAUGUAUGCGAAGUGUGGUUGUGUGGAGGAUGCUCGUGCAGCUUUUGACAUGAUUCACGAAAGAGAUGUGAUAUUGUGGAAUUCGAUGCUUGCAGCCUACUCCCAAAAUGGUCGCUCAUAUGAGUCGCUGGCUUUGUGCCGUGAAAUGGCAUUGGCAGGUAUAAGGGCAAGUGAAGGCACACUUGUCACUACAAUUUCAGCUUCGGCUGACAUUGCUGUUCUUCCCCAGGGAAGGGAGCUGCAUGGUUUAAGUUGGAGAUGUGGGUUUGACUCUAAUGACAGGGUGAAAACUGCUUUGGUAGAUAUGUAUGCUAAGUGUGGUUCAGUCAAGGUAGCCAGGAAUUUGUUUGGGCUUCUUAAGGGUAGAGAUGUUGUCUCGUGGAAUGCCAUGAUUAGUGGAUACGCAAUGCAUGGUUAUGCCACAGAAGCAUUGAAUUUAUUUGAAGAAAUGCAGGAACAAUCUUUCCCUGAUCACAUUACUUUUGUCGGUGUACUAUCUGCUUGCAGCCAUGGUGGCUUGCUCAAUGAAGGUCGGAAGUUCUUUGAAUUGAUGGAGAGGUAUUAUAAUAUAGAGCCCACAGUCCAGCAUUAUACUUGCAUGGUUGAUCUGCUGGGUCACUGCGGUCGAUUGGCUGAAGCACAGAACCUAAUAAGGCAAAUGAAAGUUGUUCCUGAUUCUGGUGUCUGGGGUGCUCUACUGAAUUCAUGUAAAAUGCACGGUGAAAUGGAGUUAGCUGAACUAGCUCUAGAGAAGCUGAGACUAGAACCUGAUGAUGCUGGCAACUAUGUGAUUUUAUCUAAUAUGUAUGCUCAGGCAGGGAAAUGGGAAAAAGUAGUGAAACUCAGAAACUCAAUGACAAACAGGGGAAUAAAAAAAAGUGUCGCAUAUAGCUGGAUUGAAGUGAAAAACCAAGUCCACCAAUUCCUUACAGGAGACACUUCCCAUCCCAUGUAUGAUGAAAUUUAUGCUGAACUGAAGAGGGUGGAAGGAUUGAUUAAAGAAGCUGGCUAUGUCCCAGAUACUGGAUCUGUUUUCCAUGAUGUAGAGGAUGAUGAGAAAACUCAUAUGAUAUGUAGUCACAGCGAGAGGCUAGCAAUUGCGUUUGGACUCAUUACUACUCCACCUGGGUCCAGGCUUCUAAUAACCAAGAAUCUCCGAGUGUGUGAGGACUGCCAUGUCGCCAUUAAAUUUAUCUCGAAAGUCACAGACAGGGAGAUCACCAUUAGAGAUGUGAAUCGUUACCAUCAUUUCAAGGAUGGAAGUUGUUCUUGUGGUGACUACUGGUAAAGAUGGCCAGGGGUCCAUUGACAAUAUCAUCCAUGACAUUCAUUGCCCCAAAGGGUAUAACUCGAAUCGGGAAUAAAAAAUUGGAUCAUUUUGAAGACCGUGAUGUACCAAAUUUGCAGGAUACAGGUCUUAUCUUGCUGAUAGAGUUCAAAAUAUCGACGGGAAAAUGAGAUGUUCAUUGAGAGCAAUUCCAGAAAUUUCACUUGAAGUGGUAGAGCUGAAGAAAAUCAUUGUUUCAGUGGUUGCAUAUUUACAUCCCACAAAUCCAUUUUGCUUAUAUCCCUAAUUUGAGGAAGACACAUAGGUUUUAUAGUGAAUUUGGAUUAUGGCAUUCAGCAAGAAUUCACCUAUGGCCUGGUGAUGGUAAAUUGUCUAGUCAUGUAGAGGAAGUAUCUUCAGGAAAGUGAAUUAUAUGUUUAUUUGUGGCAAUUGCUAAGUGCUCGUCAACUGCAGGACAAAGUGUCUCCUUUAGGUCCAAGAAGAGUAUAAGAUAUCCCCUAUCCGUUAGAACUUUCAUAUGGAUUGGCAGGGCGAGAGCAUCUUUAGGGCAACAAUUUCAGAAUCUCGUGAGGCCUGAGAACUGAUUGUGUGGGAUAGGCAGAUGAGGAAUGGCGUUGGAGACAUGAAUUUUUCCCAACUUCAUUUUUCUUAAUUGGCUCGGCUCUUGACCUGAUGACUCCUAAAUUAUGUGGGGGAAUUGGCUAUUUUGGCUGGGUUUAUCUGUCAGGCAAGUCAUGUGACUUCUGUUCAGGGUUAUGGUACAUAGAGCUUUUUAACUAUUUUAGCUGCAAGAAGAAGAACAAGCGCUGCCUGUGGAAUGGACAAGGAUGAAACAACUGACAAUAAUGGCGAUCCUAACGCUGGCGAGCUUAUUUGCACAAAUUCAUCAAAUGUUCAAGCAGAUCACAACGGAAAUCCAUGGAGCACAGGUUUAUUCGACUGCCAUGAGCACAAGACAAAUGGUAAUAACAUUAACGAUUCCAAUUAGUGAAGUCCAUACAUACUUCAUAAGCUCUAGCAUGUCUUCAGCUUGAUUUAUCUGCUGAAAGUUUUUGAAGAAAACUUCUCUGGUUAUUUAUAAGCACUAAAAAAUCUUCACAUCCCAGUCACAGUUGAUAUAAUUAAAGUUCUUAAAGGAGGAAGGUGUAAUUGGCAUUCUAGACUUGUGCUGGAGCUUGUGCUUCAGUUAUCAGUGGGUAGGCUAGGGGAAUCCGAGCAAGUUGGAUCUGCACAGCAGUUGGCUCAGCCUCCACAGUUGUACGUCAAGAUAGAGUAGCAACUCCAUAUGGCCUUUCUCAAGAUAAGCCUGCAGUUCAAAUGUUGGACGAUAUUGCUAUUGGACAUGCGUGGACUAUGGGAUUAUUUGAUUGCAAGAACAUCCUAUGGAAAACACAUCAAUAUUAAAAAAUUGCUAGUUUCCUUUGACAGCUUUAUUCUUUGGGUCAGAGAAACCAGCUUCUCUGAUGGCAUGAUUAUGAUUACAUAGCUCUUGCUAAAUAAAUCAGGAAAGUCGCAUAGAUAAUAAAAGCUGGAAAUCUUUUUCCUAUCAUCAUCUGUAAUCUAGUAUCUUAAAGGAGUACUUCCAUUUGAUGAAGUAAGAAUGUAGGCCGUUAACCAGACUAUUAGAGAAUGAAGAAAUUUAUGGUAAGUUACAAGGGAAAGCUCUGACCGGUCAAUUCAGUACAAGGCUUUGCAGAAGUAGCAGCUGACAAUUGUAUUGCCAUUAAAAACACGAAAAAAAGCUUAUUUACAUUCUUUUGCCUGAGACUCUCACUGACUUGCAUCUGGAGCAACGGUCAAUGGUCAUCAGAAAAAAAAUUGACUCCGACCUACCCCGAUAUCUAAUCAACUCUUUGCAGCUCUUAUGACAGUAUGUUUCCCUUAUGUGACCUUUGGGCAGAUCUCAGAAGUACUAGAUGCUGGAGAAAUGACUUGUCCUCUGGGAAGUUACAUUUACCUACUCAUGAUGUCAGCUCUGUGCACUCAGUGGCUUAUGGGCUCAAAGUAUA